CUCCGGCUCACGCACCUCCCGCUUCACCGCUGCUUUGCUCCCCACCGCUCUCUGCCCGCCAUGGGCUCAUCCUAUCGCCGUGCCCUCUUCUUCUCUUUCGCACCCCCGGAUUCUGGGCUUUCUGCUCCUCCGAGAGAGCCUUUUCCCUGAGGCUUCGUAGUCAUAAUUCACUCCAGCUCCCCCUUCUCUCUUGUACGACAUCACCUUUGCCUAUCGCCAUUCUGUCUCCCUCCGCUCUUAUUUCCACCUUCUUGUCCUCCGCCCUUGGGGAUAGCAUACUGUGACAAUGUCCAAUGUCGAGUUGACCGGCGACGGUUUCAUCGGACUUGAUUACGACUCGAGAAACUACAUUCAGCCUCAGUCAUGGCCAGUGGCGGUGGACCACCAGGCCUCCCAGCGAACAGAUGCCUCGCGAGACAUCUCACCCUUACAAACCAGCGGUCACUCCUUUGAACAGCCGGUGGCUCAGGAUCCGAACCUCAUCGUUGACUGGCAAUUUCAGCAUUUACAACCCCACCUUCAGUAUCCUCAGGAUGAGGCCGCCGCCGCACCCCAGUUCACCACCGCAAGCUAUGGCAUGACUAUCCACUCAUCGCCCGUUGAUCUGAUGUCGGGGCCUCACGGUCAGAUGAGCACGAGCCUGCUGGAUGGACCUUAUCUACCGCUCGCCGCGCCAGUCGACAUGGUCUCAUAUCCGUACCAAGAUCUUCAGCAGGACCUUCUCGGAUUCCAACCCAACGGCCUUCCCGACGUGUCUUCAUAUACCACCGCACCACAACAGAACAUGAUUGAAAGCAGCUCACCCACGGAUACGUAUCUCGAGGUUCGGUCGUUGACCAGCUCAAGCAGUGACAAUGGCUGGAGUAUGAUUGAGCCUCAUCAUUCGCAUGAGUUCUCUUUCCCAGACCAGGUCUUCAUCAACCCAACACAGACCCUCCAUGACAGGAGUCUAUCUGAAUCAUCAUACUCGACGUCUUACGGUAGCUUCGUUGACGUCUCGAAUCCCGUCAAUUCGCCCUGCUCGGAAACCAACUUCGAGUCUGCUUUCAACAGUCCUGUGAACCGACGCAUUUCUUACGACCACACAUCACAUGGCUCGCAAUCACCCACUGCAAUUAGCCCCGCCGCCAUUGUCAGACCCAUCCAAGUACCGGGAAAGAAGGACACUUCUCCAAGCCGCUCUUCCGCUUCGAACUCGUCCUCGCCUCCUAGCAGAAAGCCAUCUCGCAAGAGCCCAAUCGCGGCGAAAACAGCCGAGACCAAGGUCCGCAAGCAGUCACACGGCAAGUCUGAUUCUACAGAGAAGAAGGUGGGCAAGCGCAAGGGCCCUCUUCGGCCUGACCAGCGAAAGCAAGCCAGUGAAAUUCGGAAGCUGAGAGCUUGUCUCCGCUGCAAGUUCUUGAAGAAGACUUGUGACAAGGGCGAACCAUGUGCAGGCUGCCAACCGUCGCAUGCCCGACUAUGGCAGGUUCCUUGCACUCGUAUUGACAUCAAGGAGAUUGGCUACUUCAUGAAAGACUGGAAGGCAGACUAUGAACGGCAUAUCACCCUUGGCUUCUCGGUCGGCAACAUCAAAGGGUUCUCAGAGCAGGAGAGAACCCUUUUUAUCACACACGGCUAUGGCCAGGUCCUCCCCAUCAAUGCUCGCGAAGUAUACGUGCAUAACGAACAGUGCUUCAGUAUCGACUGGGUAGAAUCUAUGCACCGUGAACCCAGCCAACAUGAAGUCGAAACAGCUAAAUUGUCCGCCGGCAUGGAAGGUGUUUCGCAUGCGAUGUUGUCCGACUACCUAGAUCGCCAUAUUGACGGCAAUGGCACCUUUGAGAAAUUUGUGGAUGACUACUUCGAGGGCACCCCCUUCUUGACCCAGAUGCUCAAGACCGCGUUCCGAUACUAUUUCCGUACAAAGAUGCCCGUUAUUCGCAAGGCUCUGAAACUUGUUCUUGCUUACAACCUGACUCUUCACGUCACCAUGGUGGAGGGUCUGGGUGAAGAAGAGGGUUUCUUGGGCAAGAUCGAAGACCAAGACUCGAAGUUUAAGGGCAAGACGAUGGCACCCGUGAUGAUCAACUUCCAGAUCAAGUGUGCCAUGGCGAGCAUGUGGCGUGAGUUGCAGAAGGAUGUUCUGGAGGAACUGUCCAGUCUCUACUCCAGCGUCUACAGUGGUGACAAGCUGAAGAACUGGCCUACGAUUUUCAUGUUAGCUUCGAUUCUUCUGGCUGUCUGGGAGGAAAUGCAGUUCGACUCUCAUUACCGCACUCCUGUAAGUUUCGCCUGCUAUUUACCUUCUAAUUUUGUCCUGCCCAUACUAAUACUACUGACUAGGACGCUGCUGCUGUUGAUAAAUUCUGCACUGACAUGGAGACGACUCCUGUCGGCGUCAUUGUUGGCUUGUUCCAGGCGAUCUCCCAGAAGUUGCCCUCGUUUUCUGAUUGGGAAACCUCGAAGCACCAUCACUUGCUCCACUCAAAUCCCGACGUCUGCAACACUAUGACUGAGGUUCGCCAACAUGUUGAGAAAUUCGGUAAGCACCCGAUCCUGCUAUAUUUUUAGUUGCUGGGUUUCCCAUACUAAUUUCUUUUUUUCCACAGAGAGCUACCUCCGUGGCCGCUCAGGCUCCAAGUUC